UGUUCUCUGAGAUCAAAGUGGUAAAUUAAUGCAAAAAAAUCUCUGAGAUUAUAAAUCCAUGAAUUUGCAAGAAAUAAAUCUGAAAUAAUCUGAGUCACAAAUUUUAAUCAUAUGUUUGGGGUUUUUGUCAAAUCAAAACUAUUAUCUGAAAAAUGCUAAAAGUACAUUUUAGUUUAGCCCAAAGACUGGAAGCAGGGGGAAACUGUCCCAUCACAAGUUUAAAAAAAUCCUUCCAACAACUAUAAAACAGUUUCAUAUACAGUACAUGUUGCACACACAUUGUAGCCAGUAAGCUAGUUGUUGGUAAAUCCAAAAGUCAGAUGAGUUGUGUUACAGACCUUUAACCCCACUGGACAGGAUUUAUAAGAUGCUACGCUCCACUGUUUUGCCCAGCGGUGGUUUGUUCUCGUCUUUACACAAAGCUAAACAUAUUAUUUAUCUUUACUGAUCGCAAGCGAUGACAUUGAUCAGAGUGAAUUGUCAUCAUAAUGUAAUGAUUGGAAAUCAACUAGUAGUCAAUUUAAUUUAGCUAUUCAUAUAUAUAACAGAGAUUAGGCAUCUGCUCCUUUGACAAGUCCGUUUUGGAGAAAAGCACUACAUAAUUUUCAAAAUGGCCGGAAAGACAAUGACAUAUUAACACUAAUCUGGUUUUUAAAUAUCUCUGAAAAACAGGAUCAUUGUUUGUUGUUGUAAUACUCAUUUAAUCCACAGGAGGCUGAAGUGCACCACUACGCCUUGUUCUAAAUAAGAGUAUAACAAAAAUGAUCCCGACAGCUGGAUGCAACUUGCACCUGAAUUUCUCUGCAUGUCUGUUACCAACUGUGUCUACUUCUACACAUAUACUUGUUUUAUGAUGGGUUUGUUGCAGUUGCAUGCUGGGAGAAUUUAAAGUCCAGGUGUUAUCUUUUAGAAAAGGAGAAGAGUCAGAGUGAACUAUCAAAGACUCUCCAGGUUGUGUUCAGAGCUCCAGAUUGAUCAGGUGGAAGAGAGGAAGGAAGAUGUUCCACUGGAGGAGCUCGGCCCUCAUUCUGCUGUUGACUCAGCAGUUUGCGACUGGCAUUUGGGCUUAUCCAUGUUUGACCUCUGAGCUGAAAUGUGACUUUGUGUGUGACUGUUCUGACUGCAACGAUGAGCAAGACUGUGGCUACAGUGGAAAAGGGUUUGAGUGUGACUUUGAGGAAGCAGGAAUGUGUGGAUGGACUGGCCGGUCCGUGGACGCAGCAGUGUACAGCUGGGAGAGACGUCAGAGAGGAGGGGACACGCUGCCCGGCAGCGGGCCGUCCUCUGACUACACCACCGGGACAGCUACAGGUUGGUUUAUGGGAGUGAAUGCAGUGACGACAGAGUCACUCAGCUCUGCAGUUUUAAUCUCCCCAGAGAUAAAACAGUCUUCACCAACCUGCCAACUUCGUCUCAGAUACUUCCUGUGGGACUCAGGUCACACAGGUCUGGGUUCCAUACCCUUGUGGGCAUCCAUCCUUCACCAGGACUCCCGAGAGGCCGUAGUGUGGCGUCCUGAAGCCACCAGUGUGCGUGGCUGGAGGGAGGCUACAAUCUUUCUGGGCCGUAAUCCCACAGCCUUCCAAAUCCGUCUUCACUCACAGCGCUCCGAGGGGCGUACAGGAGAUGUGGCGGUGGACCAUCUGGAGUUUCUGGACUGCGCUCUGCCCUUACCACUCCCUGGUAAAGAGUGUCCUUUAGAGAUGUCGAAGUGUAGGCGUGGGGGCUGCGUGGAGCCGCAGCAGCUCUGUGACGGCAGCGACGACUGCGGUGACGGGUCUGAUGAGGAGAACUGUGAGUACUGGCGCUGUGACUUUGAGGAGGACCUGUGUGGUUGGGACCUGAGGUCAUUGUCCACCCUGAAAUGGGUUUGGACAAACCAGGUGAACAUCUCUGUCACGGAUCCUCUGCAAGGACCAGGCAGGGAUCAUUCCAACAACAGUGCAACAGGUAACUUCCUAUAUGUCACUGUCCCUGAUGAGGGUCUCACAAAAGACUGGGCCGCUUUCCAAAGUCCCCGCCUCCAACCCACCAAUAGUUCACAUCCUUGCAAGAUGGUGAUGUACACUCACCAGUUUGGGCCGAGGUCUGGCGGUCUGACGGUGCUGGUGUCAGAUCGUGAGAUCUACCCAGUGUGGAAGAGGGGCGGUGCUCUCGGCGAUGUUUGGGUGAAGGCCGAGGUGGAGAUUGUCACCAAUUCAACUUUCCAAAUUAUAAUAAUGGCAGCAAUCAGGAAAUUUGCAUAUGGAGGUAUCGCUGUCGACAGCAUCGUGUUGUCUCCUGAAUGCCGCUUGUCUUCUGCCAAUAGUACCUUGGAAAAGUUCCCUAAAUCUCCCAAAGACCCGUGUACGGAACCAGACAAGAUGUGUGAUUUCCGUCCCGACUGUGCAAAAGAAGAGGAUGAAUCCAAAUGUGGGGACUUCUCUUACACUGAGGGCAGCUCAGGCUGGACUGAUGCCAGCAUUGGGAGUCAAGGUUGGGUGCUCCAUGAAAAUGGCACAUCCAAAGAGGAGUACCUGUAUGUAGCCGAGGCCCCAGGCCAGCAGCUGACCGAGGCCCAGACACGGACUCCCCUCCUGGGCCCCUCCGGCCCAGCCUGCACCCUGAGCUUUGAUUUUGCACUAACUGGAAGUGCAGAGCACAUUGGUGAGCUGUCCGUCAGGGUGAUUGACAGCUUGCUGGGCAUGCGGCCUAAGCUGUGGGAGUUUAGUGGGAAGACUGGAACAGAGGAGGGGGCGUGGCAACACGUCGACCUGCCUAUUGGAGUCAGAAAAGAUCGCUUCCAGCUGGUGUUUGAAGCUCGUGCUGUGAAACUUUUACCAUGGGCCAAGAUUAAAAUGACAAACGUGACCUUUGUCAGCUGUCAUGCUGGCUAUUUCCCAUCUUCUACAACAGGACUGUCAUGUAACUUUGAAGAUGGACUGUGUGGAUGGUAUCAGGACAACAGUGACAACUUUGACUGGGCGGUGAUGGGUGGGAUGGACCAUACCAUCGGGAUAGGCACCAGCCUCGUUGUGGACAUGUGGAGCCCUGCUCUCCGCGGUGCGUUUGGACGCUUAGUUUCAUUCACACAGUUACAAGGUCCUUCAGAUUACUGCCUGUCCUUCUUCUACAAACUCUAUGGGCCCAACAUAGGUGUUCUGAAUGUGAAGCUGUUAGAUAGCAACGGUUAUGAGACCGUCCUCUGGACCCGCAGUGCAGCUCAUGGCAACCUGUGGCACGAAGCGCACUGCUCCGUACCACACCAGCUCACAAACUUUCAGCUGAUGUUUGAAGCGGUUCGCUCUGGUUUUGAUGGGCGCGUUGCCAUUGACGAUGUGACGUUCUUGGAAGGUCCGUGCACCGUGCCCAGCAUGUGUUCCUUUGAAGGCCAGCGGUGUGGAUACAGCAGCUUUGGUCAAUUUCAAUGGCUCUACCGCAGGGGACUCACUGCCACGGUGACUGGACCUAAGACUGACCACACUCUGGAGACUGAACUGGGUUUCUACAUGAUGGCUAACACCGGAGAGAACAUACUUCCUGCUGGUGGUUCAACAGUCCUCACCUCCCCUGUUCGCCAUGGAAACUCCAGGACUGUGUGCGUCAGUUUCUGGUAUCACAUGGGAGGAGUGAAUCCUGGUUCUCUGACUUUGUAUAUGAAGCCGGUGAAGGGAGAAAGGUUGAAGAUCUUCUCUAACAGUCUGAACCAGGGAGAUGUCUGGCGCCAUGGCAACGGCCACAUCUUGAGUGACCUUGUGGACUGGCAGCUGGAGUUUGAGGCGGUCGGAGCAGGAGGCAAAGACACUCACAUUGCAGUUGACGACGUCUUCCUUUCAGCUCACCCAUGUCACGAUCAAGGUUCUAAGUGCAGUCUGGAGAGAGGGAUGUGUAGCUGGAGCAACAUGAAAGGGGACAAUCUGGACUGGGAGCUGACGAGUCGGGAGGCAGAGAGCCACUACUCCACCCCAUUUGAAGACCACAGUCUGGGCACAGAGAAAGGUCACUUCCUGUUCUUGCCAAGCAGCAACCGGACGGCAGCCAAUGAGAACGCUAAGUUGCUGAGCCCUCAUCUGCCCCCGACCAAGGGCACCUGCCUGAAAUUCUGGGUCUACAAGCCUCAAUCAUCGGACAGCCAGCUGAAGGUGUGGUCGCUCUCUGAAGGUCUUCUCGAUCAGCUGCUGGUGGUGAGUGAACUGGGAGGACCAUGGAGACGCUUUGACGUCGACAUCACAUCUACUAAGGAAUACCAGAUUGUGUUUGAAGGAGUCAAAGGCACAUCAGGCGUUGUAGCGCUGGAUGACAUUGAGUACACUGUCGGAGUCAACUGCGCUAACAAAGUCACAGAUUCAACCUCCCCAAAACAAGACAACACAGGAGGCAUCGCAGCGUCCAUCAUCGUGGUCCUGCUGCUGAUCGUCACAUUGAUCGUUCUGCUGAUUUACUACCUGCGAACCAGACAGGCUGUGACCAAUCCUUCCUCAGCUGGUGCUGGGUUCAAAAAUGAAUCAUAUGAUACGGACCCCACAAAUGAUCGUGUGGUGAUAGCUUCGGAUGGCAUCGGGUUGCAAAACCAUCCCAUGGCAGCUGGGUUCAAUAAUGUCUCUUUCUCUGCUGACGCCGGAAAGAGCCUCACGGAGGGGUGAGGCAGGAGGAGCGGCGGUUCUGCCACCUAUAGGUGGCUUUUUGAAAAUGAGGCGAUAUCACAGCAGCAGAACUGCUUGUGUCGCCGUUACAUGACACACACACACACACACACACACACACACACACACACACACACACACACACACACACACACACACACACUUACAUAAAGAAAACACAAGCACAGCCCGCAUAUUGCAACACUAAUGAAGGCCUAAUCAGUGGUGCUGCCUCAGAUCUGAUGGAGGCCUCGAGGGUCACAGCUCUCUUCCGGUGGACAGACAGAUGGAAGUCAUAAGGAAGAACGUCUAAGGUGUCUUGGGCAGAAAUUAGUUGAACUUUCUUUCAAUCGAGACGGUGUCUGACCUGUGAAUGGCAAAAAUGGUUGCAUUGAGAUUUAGGAUCCAUUUUGGAACUGUAAGGAAGCAUAAACUUGGGGCAUGGAGCUUGAGAGAAAUGUGAGUUCACAGUCGAGGAGGCUCUAAUGAAUGACACUAUCAAGUUGCACUUUGGGACAAGAGCUUGAAUAACAUUAAAAAGUAAAAAUAUAUGUCUCAAUCUGUCUCUUACAAGCACCCUAACUUUAUAGAAAGUUGUGCAGUGCCCCUUUAAAGAGAAAAGAGCAGCUUUAAACGGACAGGUUAAACCUUGAAAAAAGAUUAAAGGGUUAUAAAGAAAGUUGACAUGUAACGGAGCUCUUUGGAGAAAGUCUGUUGAAGGGAUGUAUUCUUUUGGAUUGGUUGGAGAGUUAAC